AUGCCAGUCUGGUGCGACAGCUGCAAUCAGAGCGCUGAAGUUGGGACUGCCAGUGAUCAGGAGGAGUCCUGCCGAACCGCAGCACAGCUGGAGAAGUACCUUCAGCGCGGCGGAUGGAACAUUGUUCUUCGUUUCAUUCCAAGGGAGAUGAUGAGGUCUGCGCGUCUUGUCCUCGUGGAGGCGCAGGCCUUCCACGCAAGGGCAAUCGAGGGGGACAUGCAGCAUGACAUGCGGAGAGCUUAUGAAGCAGCGCAGGAGGCGAUCAAGAAGCUCAACAAUCAGCUUGAGGCAGACAAAUUCUCAUUUGACAAAGCCUUGUUUGCGCAAGCCCAGUUGCUGAAAGCAAACACGUUGGCAAACUUGGCGUCCAUUGUGGAAACCGACAUGCCAGAUGCGCUGGGCACUGCAUAUUCAGCAGUGGGAAAGGCUGCUUGUGCACUAUGGGAGUUGAAGGACCCGGACGUAGGCAAUGCGUUGCGCGUCAUGGGCGUGAUCCAGCACAAGCUGCGCAACGACCCAAGAUCGGCAGAGGAGUACUUUCUUGCAGCCAUUCGUUUCUUUCAGGAGUACGAACAUAUCAACAACAAAUGGUACGCAGUGUCGCACUGGAACCUCUACCGCAUGUUGAUCGACUGCAAUAGCAGGAAGGCUGUGUCUUUUCUGCAGCGCGCCGGGGAUCUCAGGGAAGAGGUUGAGGGCGCUGAGCAUCCCUACACACGCAUGUACCGCCAACAGCUGGAGAAGGAGCGCCGCUCGGUUCCUGAUCUGCACGAUGAUGUCAUGCACCAGGAAGUUUCCGACACACUCCAACAGUUCGACCGAAUUUUGGCAAGAGUUCUGAGCCAAUUCUGGACUGCGGCUCUUGUCUUGGACUGA